AUGUCUUCCAACAAACGCUCAGUACUGGUCACGGGAUGCUCCAAAAACAGCGCUGGCCAUGCCCUUGCACUUGAAUUCGCAUCACGAGGGUUGCGAGUGUUUGCUACUGCCCGCUCUCUCUCGUCACUAGAAGGGCUCCAAGGACAUGGCAUCGAAACCCUCACACUGGACGUCAGCAAGUCUGAGAGCAUAGAGGCAUUGAAAAAGGAAAUCGCCACUCGGACCGGAGGUAAACUGGACAUUCUAUUCAACAAUGCAGGCUCAUUGUACGAAGCACCCGCUGUCGAGCAAGAUCCUAGCCGAGUUCGACAAAUGUUUGAAUCCAACGUCUUCGGCGUCAUGGAGAUGAUUUCAACCUUCACACCCCUCCUCUUGGCAGCCAAGGCUGGAUCUUCUCUUCCCCCAACCAUCGUCAACACCGCAUCAAUCGUUGCAGUCCUUCCAUAUAUGUUCGCAUCCGCCUACGCCGCAAGCAAAGCCGCGAUAGCAGCAUACUCAAAUACACUGCGACUUGAAGUGGCACCCCUCGGCAUCAAAGUCGUCACUUUGUACAUGGGUGUAGUAUCGACAAACCUCUUCAGCGCCGAUGGGGUACAAUUUGGUCCUGACAGCUGGUACGUCGAAGUCGAGACAGGAGUGAAGAAAAGAAAUCAAGACAGUACAGCCACUGGCAUGAAGAUCGAUCAGUUCGCAAAGGCAGUCGUGGGCGAAAUCGUCUCUAAUCCUGGUCUUGGGAAAGGCGAAUGGAUCUGGAAAGGGGCAAAGGCUAAUCUUGUUUGGUUUUUGAAUACCUUCGGUCCGAGGAAAGUCUUCGAUGGGACGAUGGAGGGCGAUGUUGGGUUUACUCGGGAGGUCAAAGAAGCUGUUGCUAAACGAGGGGAAGCAAGUUUGUCAAAACAGGGUUGA